AUGGACGUGAUUGAAACUAAUGAUCCCCCAUUUUCGAAUGGGCAUCGAUUCAUCCUAGUGGCAAUUGAAUAUUUCAUCGAAUGGGUUGAAGCAGCAUCUUACAAGAAUGUGACCAAGAAAGUAGUAUCCGAUUUUUUGAGGGACCACAUUAUCUAUCAUUUUGGGGUGCCAGAGACGCUGAUUAUUGACAAUGCUAAAAACCUCAAUAAUGACAUGGUAGAUGGAUUAUGCGAACAAUUCAAGAUCAAACAUCGGAAUUCGAUUAUCUACAGGUCUCAGACGAACGGAGCGGUAGAGGCCGUGAACAAAAAUUUGAAGAAAAUCAUUGGCAAAAUGACGGCAAGACACCGAGAUUGGCAUGAGAAGUUGUCGUAUACAUUAAUGGCUUAUCGGAUUGCAAUAAGAACUUCUACUGGGGCAAUGUCUUAUUCUCUCAUGUACGGCAUCGACGCAGUAUUACCCACAGAUGUCGAGAUCCCCUCUUUGUGCAUUUUAAUGGAAUCUCAGUUGGAGGAAACUGAAUGGAUUAAACAGCGACACGAGCAACUAUUCUUGAUUGAUGAGAAGCGGUUAAAUACUGUUUGCCACGGACAGUGCUUACAAUAA